CUCCGUAAACAAAUCGGCUCUUGCACCAAUCAAUUUCUACCACGAUUGCUCGGAUAUGGAUGCUUGAUCUGACUAGGAUAGUGUGAAAUUGGCUAGUUUUCGGAGUGACUAUGGAGUUACUGCUUUUGUUUACUCUGCUGGGGUCGUCUCCGCUGCUGCUGGUCAGGAGCCACGAUUUGAAGGGUUUCGACGAUUCGGUACUGUUCAAUCUUGUUUGGCACACCAAGGAUGAACUGGUGCCAUCUGCGCCCGACGCCGAAGAGGUUGUGAUAACGUCGGCAAACAAGGAGAAGUAUCGCUGCAUGAUCCCGUCGAUCACGGCCAAGGAAAGUACCGGUGACGUCGAGUAUGCUGGCCCUACACCCUUGGAGCUACUAGAGCCUCUGUUCUUGUCGACCAGCUGCUCGUACCGCAUCGAGAGCUAUUGGUCGUAUGAAGUGUGCCACGGCAACUACAUUAAGCAGUACCACGAGGAGCGACACGAGAAAACGAGCAAAUUGCAAGAGUACUUCCUCGGCCGCUGGGACAAACAGAAAACGGAAGCAUUGAAAGUUCGCCUGGCGCAAUCGGACGCGCAAAACGAACAGCUAAAAUACAAAAAGAUUGAGGGCUUCAAUCUGCCGUACCUGGAGCUAGAAAUGGACUCCGGAACGGUCUGCGAUCUCAAUGGGGAGCCGCGCGUAACAAAGGUCCUGUACGUGUGCUAUAUGUUUGGCAAGAACGAGGUGUACUCGCUGAAGGAAACUUCCACCUGCAACUAUGAAGUAAUCAUUCUGACCGCUGUGCUGUGCACUCAUCCAAAGUAUAAGCCGCAGGAUACGGAGGAAAACAAAAUCAACUGUAGUCCGAUUGGGGACUCGCCCCGUAAACCGAAGGCCCUGCUGGAGAUGGAAAUCGAAAAGCUGAGACAAAAAUAUCAACAGCUUUCUGUGACUAUAAGCGACGUGUUAGGAUUUGAAAUGCCAGAAUUGAACGAGGAUGGUUCGGCUCGAGGGGAACCGAUACGGAAGGACACUUCGUACUCGUUCGACUGGAAAGUCGUCGAUGUGGAUGCAGACGAGGGCACUACGCCCGUUUCAUCGAUGACCAGACGUCCGAAAAAGUCCAAGGAACUAACUUCACUGCUGGAAUUCUUGGACGGAGCAUACUGUUUACCGGGAGGUUCCGGUUGGUGGAAGUUUGAGCUUUGCUUUGGCAAACACGUGCGUCAGUACCACAAGGACACGUCGAUCUAUCUGGGAUACUUUGACGUGGACAAACAUCGUGAGUGGCUGGAAAAGAAUCCGCUGGUGCGCUUCACGCGAAAGAACGACAACCAGAUCAGCCACUUCUACACCGGGGGCGAUGUUUGCGACAAAACCAAUCAGCCUCGGCACGUGGAGGUGAAGCUCAAGUGCACGGAACAUUCGGCCACCUCGGACGCAAUUGGCCUCUAUCUGCUCGAGCCGCGGCCCUGCGAGUACGUAUUGAACGUGGAAUCGUCCAAGAUUUGUGAUAUCUUGCCACUGGCAUCGGACGACAUGCUGCUACCGGAAAACUUGCAGCAUCUCGAUGAAGAAACCCUUCUGGUCAUGGAUAGUUCCAACAGUAACAAUAAUGUUAAUGAUUGAAUAAA